GCAUCUCCCCGCUUUACUCAUAUUGGCGAAUCCAAAAUCGUAACUUGAAAAUUUUCUCUUUGUUGAAUUCUAUACCUAAUGGCGCCCAAGGCAGCUGAGAAGAAACCAGCUGAAAAGAAGCCUGCAAUGGCGGAGAAAGCACCGGCAGAGAAGAAGCCCCGAGCGGAGAAAAAGUUGCCGAAGGAAGGCUCUAGCGAUAAGAAGAAGAAGAAGGUAAAGAAGAGUGUAGAGACCUACAAGAUUUACAUAUUCAAGGUGUUGAAGCAGGUUCAUCCUGAUAUUGGUAUCUCUAGCAAGGCUAUGGGGAUCAUGAACAGCUUCAUAAAUGACAUUUUUGAGAAACUUGCUCAAGAGGCUUCGAGGCUUGCUCGAUACAACAAGAAACCCACCAUCACUUCUCGGGAGAUUCAGACUGCUGUUAGGCUUGUUCUCCCUGGAGAGCUUGCUAAACAUGCUGUUUCUGAAGGGACCAAGGCUGUUACUAAGUUCACUAGUUCCUAAAGUCAGGGAUAGCUUUUCAUCGAUCUAUAAUGUUGGGUUUUUUUAGAAUUGUUCUUGUAGAGAUUAGGGAUCUAGGGUUUCUAGAUGUAAAGUUUUGUUUGGUUAUGGUUUUUUAUAUUGAAAUUUUAUUGCUUUGAGUUAAUGAAAUUUCUGGUUCCUUAUUUUAGUCUCA